AUGUCGUCACAUUCGACCAGAGAUGUGCGCACGGCGGCGUGUUCACCCUCGUCGGCGCCGCCGCCCCCGCCGUCAUACAUAGGCGUCAAUGUCGUCGUGGACGCGCGGGAAGACGAGAGGCGGCGGCGCGUGCUCCUCCAUGCCGCCAUCGACGGCAACCUCGACCUCCUUUCCAGGAUGGCGGUGGAGCUGGACGCGGCGGAGCGGGGCGGCACGGGCGCCGCCGGCGUCUGGUCGACGUGCGGCCGCGGGGCGCUGCACCUGGCCGCCGCCAACGGCAGGGCGCACGUCUGCCGCUACCUGAUCCAGGACCUCGGCUUCCCCGUCGACGCCCCUUCCUCCUCCGGCGAGACGCCGCUGCUCCUGGCGGCCACCUUCGGCCACACCGAGACGGCGGCGCACCUCCUGGAGCGCGGUGCCUCCCCUUGCGCACCGGACACCGACGGCGAGACCCCGCUCCACUGGGCCGCCUACAACGGCGACCGCGAGCUGGCGAUGCUGCUCCUGCACAGAGGCGCCGACGCCGGCGCGGCCAACCCCAGGGGCACGCCGCUGCAUGUCGCCGCCGAGCGGGCGCACCCGGACGUCGUCAGCGUCCUACUGCGCCAAGGCGCCGAUCCGAACAAGGUUGCAAACGGCGUCUUCACGCCCUUGGUUUCGUCGCUUGUUGGUGGCUCUCUGAAAUGGAUGAAGCUACUCAUUCUGGCUGGGGCUAAUGUUAACGCCGGUGGAUUCAGUGGAGCAACCCCUCUGUUCAUAGCAUGCAGCCGCCGUGGCACCGCCCCGUUCGUCAAGUGCUUGCUGGCGGCUGGAGCAGAUCCAAACGCCCUUGAUGAACUUGGUAGGUUACCGAUAGAAAUCGCUGCAGUCCAUGCUGAAACGGAAGUUGUUGAGCUUCUGUUUCCUGUAACGCGACGCGCUCCGAAAGUGCCUGACUGGACUGUUGGUGGCAUUGUGAGCUAUGUAAAUUCUGCAGCUUACAAGAAGUGGGUAUGUCAUAUAUUCAUAUUGCUUAAAGAUGAACUGAAACAGCAAGGGUACUCUGCUUUCCAAAGGAAGGACUAUGAUGAGGCCAUACUUCUGUACAGCAUGGCACUGAAGAUUGAUGACACGGACGCCGUAUUAUAUUCAAACAGGAGCGUCUGUUGGCUGCACCUCGGUGUCGGCGACGAGGCUCUUUCAGACGCCCAGGCCUGCACCAGGUUGCGGCCUGACUUGGCAGAAGGCUACUACCAUCAGCGAAUGGCUUUCAACUUGCUUCAGCGCUUCGGAUGCCCUUCUAAAGACCUCGAACCUGGAUCAGGAGAACAUCGACAUCAACGACGCUCUACGGUACUAAGCCACUCUACCUGCAGCCUCGCAUAGUUAUGAAGUAUGCGCCAAUGUAUCAUCAUCGUCACAAACUGUUUCCUGGAGGAGCAGGAAGGUGCGGAGUGCACAUUCUGGGAGAAGUUCUCGGCGCUGAAAUGUUUUAGUGCCAGUAUGUACAAUGUAGCAUUCCUUCAGUACGAAUAAUACUGCUUUUUUUUUGAGACAUGAAUAAUACUGCUAAUGUUAAGCAGUAGGCUGUCAAGCCUUUUUUUAGAAUGCUGCAUGUGGUCGCCAUUCUGUAUAGGGACUUUUCAG